AUGUUGAGUGCCACAACGCGCCAGAGGCGAACAACGACGGUUAAUACUACAUCUAGUGGCUUUCACAAUGUACGUGUGCAAGAAUAUGAGAGGGAUAAUUCGAUAUUUAAACUAGAUGCUACUAGAGAUUCUGCUCCGUACUCGUAUUUUGUUCAAGAGCUCCAAACAAUUUGUGCUGAUCAACUAGCCAAGAAUUUUGUUGAGAUGCCAGAAAUCGACACUCUGCAGAGCCAGGAACCUCAUCUCUAUGAUAUGGUUUUAAGCUGUUUGCCUGAGCCUCUGAAUACGUCGCAUACAAGCCUGCCACUACGUGUGUGCGUUGAACGCGUAUCGGAAGAGUCAUAUUGGAAACGCUGCUGUAUGUCGAGAUGGUCAUCGGGACAGCUUUCCGCCUUCCUAGGCAACAAUGAGCAAUUGCUAAACAAAGUAUACGGAUGGAAGGAACUUUACCUUGAACACUUUCUGAGUGACUUUUUAUUGUCUCUCCGAGGUAGAAACGGAAAGUGUGCUUCCUAUUCUCAAACACCGUGUUCAGCACGAAAGGACGAUUCAAAUGGGGGCGCUGCCAUGUGGGCUUCUGAAGAGGACCUUCAAGUCCUGGCUGAUUUGUGCGUGACGUGCCGUGAUUAUAUCCACACAGUUGAGCUCCCAUGCCAGUUUACACAUCUUAAUUGGUACAAUCACUUUUUCUCUAUGCUUCCGCACGCUCGGUCUUUUCGUCUGUCCUAUGGUGUGAGCAAUGCAGGAACCGAUUAUAAACCUUCCAUGAUGGGCUUUACUCAGGAUGACGCCGAAAGUAUUCGACUCCUUUUGUCAUUUCAUCCUUUAGAAAAGCUACGAAUUCCCAAUACGCGUCUUCGGGACCCCCACACGAUGGCUAUUUGUGCUGGUCUGGUAAACAACCAGAGCCUUCGCGUGCUUGACUUGUCGCACAACGCCAUUGGAGAUGGUAGUGUAUGUGACGCAUUGGCUGUGCUUCUUUCUCAGCCUGGCUUUCCCCUAGAGGAGCUGUAUUUAGGCGACAACAACAUCACUGGUGAAGGUGCUCGAGCCUUAGCUGAGGCCUUAGAAGUAAACAAAUCGCUACGUAUCUUACACCUGGACCAGAAUCGAAUCCCUGAUGAAAACGCUGGUGAUCUCCUCGUGCGAGCCGUAGGUAAAGCACCAGCAUUGCGGGAGUUGAACUUAGGAUGUAACGCCUUUGGAUCUUCGACCGCCGUCGCACUGAUAGAGGUACUACCGCAGCUUCAGACCUUGAGAUCAUUGAAUCUUGCUGGAAAUUACCGGUUGGGGGGAGGAUACUCGGAAAAAAGCCUUGCUGAUCUUUCUGGGAGCGAGACUUUGUUAACAGCUAAUACGUCUUUUCCUUGUGUAAAUGUUUCCGUCGUCCCACAACAGCCGGACAGUAAUCAGGAGCAUUGUGAAUCCAUAAAUGGAGAUGCCAAGGAUGACACGAAAGAUGUGGAGCGCUUGCUGGAGCCCGUAAAUACAGAGGAUGGUUUCGUAUCGGUGCUUUCCUUAUCGAAUAAAGAUAUUGACCCAAACGAGAAGGAUACUAGUCAAAAGAAGGAUGAAGAUGAAGGGGUAUCUGCAGUGGCCGCUUCUUCUCAACCGUGUAUGAAAAUCAGUGCUACUGGAUUAAAGCUUUUAAAAACAAUCUAUCAAAACUCGUCCUUAAGGUAUAUUGACGUCCGACGCUGCGGUUUCACUACUAAUGAAGAACAGGCUAUAGAGAGGCUUAUGCGAAGCCGUCCAAGUAUCAAGUAA